ACCCCUCACGGCGUCCACCCACUGUCGCUAGGAGUAAGUGGUGCGGGGUCCUGACUGAAGCCAGGGUCUGAGCUGGGCCCAGCGCGCCGCCCCGCGAGCAAAAUCGCCACUAAGAGCCGGGGUCUGCAGGGGCGGGGCGUCCUGGGCACCCGGGAUUGGCGUGUAGGGAGCCGUCUCCCGUCGUGCACCGGGGCACCGUCUACUCACCCGGAAGGAGAAGCUGCGACUGGCUAUAUGGUAAGGUGCUGGCGGUGUCGCUGUGGAGAGUGGGUGCUGCUCUCAGGUGAAGAAGCGUGGGCGGGGCCGCAGGGACUGGGUGCUGCUUUGAGGAGCCAGCCCGGAUCAUUUGUUGGCAGUACAUAUUGGCUGAAGUCAGUUUUCAUUUCAAGAUGUUUUCUUCCAGUGGGCUUUUGGUGUAGGAUGUUGGAGAACCAAGAGCUGGAGGAGGUGAUCACUGUGCGUGUUCAGGACCCCCGCGUGCAGAAUGAGGGCUCCUGGAAUUCUUAUGUGGAUUACAAGAUAUUCCUCCAUACCAACAGCAAGGCCUUUACUGCGAAGACAUCCUGUGUGCGUCGCCGCUACCGUGAGUUUGUGUGGCUGAGAAAGCAGCUACAGAGAAACGCUGGUUUAGUGCCUGUACCUGAACUUCCUGGAAAGUCAACCUUCUUUGGCAGCUCAGAUGAGUUCAUUGAGAAGCGACGACAAGGUUUGCAGCGCUUCCUCGAAAAGGUCCUGCAAAGUGUUGUCCUCCUGUCAGACAGCCAGUUACACCUCUUCCUGCAAAGCCAGCUCUCAGUGCCUGAGAUAGAAGCCUGUGUCCAGGGCCGAAGCUCCAUGACUGUUUCUGAUGCCAUUCUUCGCUAUGCUAUGUCAAACUGUGGCUGGGUCCAGGAAGAGAGGCAGGGCUCUUCUCAUUUGGCUAAAGGAGACCAGCCUAAGAGUUGCUGCUUUCUUCCAAGAUCGGGCAGAAGGAGCUCUCCUUCACCUCCUCCCGAGGAGGAACAGGACCGUUUCGAGGUGUGGGCUCCUGUUGUUGACUCUGAGGCUCCUUUGGAAAGCCCCCCUGCUCCACUCCCUACCUCAGCAUCAUGCUGCGAUUUUGCCAGACCUGACGAGGGAGCCUCUGCUCCUCAGCCUGUGAGGAGGUCGGUGGGAGGGGACCAUGCUGUGCCUUUGGAUCCUGGUCAUUUAGAAACAGUUUUGGAAAAAUGAGCUUUGGUCUGAGCUCUGGGUCCUGCUCUGGGCCCAGGGGAGAAGAUGCAGGCAAGGAGACUAACUUGGGCACAGGGCAGGUGUUGGGGAGGUUGGGCUGCUCAGUAUCUUACAGUUGCCUCUGCUCGGGUUGGUUGCACAGAGGUCUGUCAUGACAACUCCUCAAGCUUCCUCCAUAGGAAUAAACACUGCAGAUGUUUGUAUGUUAAGCGUCAGGACCAGGGGCUGUUGGUUUUGAACAGAAUCCCACAUUUACUCUCUUGGGAGCUGAGUUUCUUUAGCUGUUUGUUAAUGGGCCUGGGAGCACUGCCUUAGGUGACUGGUUUUGGGGACCUGUAAGUGGCAAAUUUUAAGCUGCCAUAUUGAAUAUUGUCCCAAGAAAAAUGCUUGUGUCAUUGUAUUCUCACUGGCUCUGUUUUUGCUGCAGGUCACGGAGCACUUUGUUUCCGAGAGGCUGGCCUCUUGCCUACCUCCUUACAUGGACAGGGUGGUGAAUAUUUAUUCUCUCACUUCCUUGCGUUUCCUCCAUUAAUACCACUGAAUGGGACAGUGCUGUAACUCCUGUCACUGGGGUUCCCUGCAUAUCCCAGGACCUCAGCCUGGCCGUGUGGGGCCUGAGACCCACAAAAUAGCUCAUGGCCAUCCAUGAAAGAGAAGUGGUUGUUCACAGGCAGAGGAAAGGCAAUAGCUCAGGGAGCUUUGUUUUGGUAAAGGCUGUCCCAGGCUGUCACUGUCUCUUCUGGUUACAAAGCAGAGACGUGACCAUCUUUUCUGCAGGGGUAGCAUGGGCUCCUUUCUUUUUUUUUUGAAUCCUUUUCUUCUCCCUUAGUAAGCGCUCCCUGCCCCCAGGGCUUCAGCUGCCACCUGUCCCUCUGCGGUGUUGCCGAGAGGCCGUAUGUUCAGUCCAAUGGGGCGCAAGGGCUUUGUUUCUGCCUGGAGAGAGGGCUCUAGGGAUGGAGAUGAGGAACAACAUGCCUCCCUUCAGACAAUGAGGCAUUCUGCCCUCCUGCUGCCAUAAUUCCUCUCCACUGAGAGCUGGAGCUGGUAGGAGAGGAGUGCUGCUGGCAUUCUGCAUUGCUCUGCACGUAGGCUCGUGUGCACUUCUUGCCCACUCUCCCUUCUCUGGCCAUCCCAGCCUGUCUGUGGGCUCUUUUACUACCAGCCUAUGCUGUGGGACUGUCAUGGCAUUUAGUUCGGAGUUGAGGGGCUUUGGCCUGAAAUAAAAUUCAACUAUUUAAGA